AUGGCUGCUGCACAGAAAUUCGAACUGCCCGCGGACUUCCUUGACGGCCCGGCGCCAAACCUCACCAAAUCCGUCGUGGACUUCAAGAGAGAAAGGCUCCCAGAAUAUGAAGGACUGUGGGCCGUCGUUCUCGAUGGCGUGUUAACGGAGAAAGAAUGCGAGAUGCUUGUGGCUGCCGCCGAGGCGACCGCUGAUGGCAAGUGGGAGAGAGCCAUGGUAAACAUUGGAGGAGGUUUCCAAGCCCUGUACGAAGAUACCCGAAAAUGCGGCCGCAUCAUAUAUGACAGUCCGGAGAUUGUGGCAAAGGUCUGGGCAAGAGUUGAGGGCGCCGUCCCUGAGAUCCACCGAUUGCGGAACUGGCCAAAAGUUACUGGCAAUGGCCCUUUGAAGCGGCAAGAAGUGUGGAAGAUGACCCGCCUAAACGAGAGAAUGCGAUUCCUGAAGUACGUAGGUGGCGAGUAUUUCAAAGCUCACUGCGACGGCACCUACGAAACACCCGAUCAAAAAGAGCGUUCCUAUUUUACGCUCCAUCUGUAUCUCAACGACGCUGCAGGCAAGGAAGGCCAGCAACCUCUCAAAGGAGGUGCUACCACGUUCCAUGGCCUCGACAUGAUUCGCCGCGCAGACAUUAUUCCCAAGACCGGGCGCGUCUUGCUCUUCCAGCACCGGUUCCUGCUCCACUCCGGAGAAGACGUCGUAAGCGGCACCAAGUUCACGAUGCGAACCGAUAUCAUGUAUGCGAAGGAAGAAUAGAAUCGCUCUGCAGUACUGAUCGCGAUUACGGGCGUAUGUAUUGCCUCUCAGAAAGGCAAUUGGACUCGCUCGGCGCUCAGUGGUUGGCAUGUUGGUCCUUGUGUGUCAAUUGUUAGUAGUAUCCUUCGAACUCAGGAAGGAGGCUUUGACAACUUACCAAAGAGGAGAAGAGGUGAACGGCCUGCCUCGCCUGAGUAAUCAGAAUCGAAUGAUACUGUCCCUCUUUCGCCGAAGCUACUCGAAGUCAAGUACGCUGCG